GCGACCUUGAUAGACGUCUUAGCGGGUCGAGAAAAGAAAAGCGAACGAGAAGAAAAUCCCCCCAGCCAAGUGACCAAAAACCCCAAACGCGAAGAAAAGCCGCCGCUGUCUUCGCUUUCUUUGCGGCCAUCAGGGAAAAACAAAAGAAACCGAAACGAAACGAGGCGAAUUUUCUAAAAACAAUAACAUUUAUCGCGGCUCAGAUUGUUUUAGUGUUGUCUUCGAGUGUGUGGCACGAGAUGAAGAUGUUUCAAAAAUGCUGAAAAACGUGCAGAAAAUGCUGCCGAAGAAAUGUGUGAAAAUGCUGCCAGCAGAUGCAAAGUGAAGUUAACAAAGUUAAAACCGAAAAAGAAACCGCUUAAGUUUAUGUGCGAAAAGCAAUCCUGGGUGUACCUUGUCAGGAAAAUUAACGGCCGAAGGUGUUAAUUUAUUCACCAACUUUAAACCGGGCUCUGCUUUGCAGCUGCGCCGUAGAAUCCCCCUGAGUGUGUUUCGUCCAGCGAUGUUGCUGUUAAGAUGCGGCUCCAAUCCUUACCGCUGCUCCUUCUGCUCGCUUUCCUCUCCCGCCCGCCGCCUGCCACGCCCACUUCGGCACCCCGACCACCGGCGCAUCCGAGGGCGAGGAGCCACUAUCCCGACGAAGAUCUCGGCGAGGAGCCACUGAUGCCGGCCAGCCUUCUGCUGGAGGAACUGCAGCAGAGCAGCGGGCAACUCGUCAACCUGACACGACAUCAUGACGGCGAUACCUUCCACACGACAGGUCUGAGCAGCGCCUGCAAUGCGGACACCUGCAUCGGUCUCUCGAGCGGAACGGCUUCCCUGGUGCGUUCGUCCGGCGAUGGCGGCCAAGGCAACGGUGGACUCAAUCCGGCGACCUCGUCUCUGGCCGGCGGUCAAAUGGAGCUCUUGACCCGCCGUCUCAAGAUGCAAAAGGGUCGCAGUCAGAUGGCUAAUCCAGACUCCAGUGGGGAUAGUGGCUGCACCUGCCGAUGUCUUCCCUACCAGAGGGCCUAUCGCGAGGACCUGGGGAUCUGCGUGGACGAUAUCCAUGAGUGCUCCCUUUCGCCGUUCGUGAGUGGUUCCUCGUCGGAAAAGAUUCCAUUUGUCUUCCUGCCGCUCAAAGGUCAGAUCAUCUAUCCCAGCAGGGAGAUCAGCUUUGCCAGCAUUCAGACUCCGGUUUGUGCUGUAACUGGUGCCCAGUAUUUGAGUUCGAAUGGCUGGUCGGAUCUGCGGAAUCCCAUCGAUACCGACUACCCUUUUCGGUUGUUCCGCGACGAGGGACGCAGCUUCCUCUUGUGGCUGGGUGAAGCCGAUCUCCGCCAGAAGAUGCAGGGUCGCCUGAUUGUGGUCCACUUGGUGUGUCGCGAUAUGACGGUGGCCCUGAAUUCCAGUGGCCAUUUGAAGGGCGAACCUCUAAUGCCGCCCAGAAAUGUUCAUUCGCCGUGUGUUGCCUUCCGGGUGAACGGAAGUCCCGUGAAAUAUUCCCACAAUGUCCCCGAGGUGUUUUUCCAACCAGCCAACUCCACAACUUUGGCCUCCACUUCGGAUGGCAUGACUAUGCGGGAAUACGUGGUCAUUGGCAUUUGCAGCCUGCUCUUGGGUCUGAUCUAUGUGGCCUCCGUGUUUCUAUAUCUCUACAUGAAGAAGCGCAAACGCCACAAUUCUCGCCAUUCGCUGGAUAACUUGACCAAUGAUAUCAACUAUCCCAAGAACGAUCAGGUCACUUAUGGAGCUCCAUUCAGCAGAGUGGGCAGCAUUUACUCCUCAAACAGUAUGGGUCUGGGGAAUGGAAAUGAGUCCAAUACACGCACUAGUAUCGGUAGUCUCAAAGAGGAUUUGGGCAUUGUGAAAAACAAUCCCUUGCUGCAGCAUUUUCCCCAGUUGAGCGAAAGGGAGCACAAUUCCGGUUUUGCCAGCGAUAUUUCCAACUCGAAUUCCGAGUGCGAAAUGGAGGAGAAGAUCAAGACUUCGGUGCUGGUUCAUCCACAGCUGAGCAAGUCACCAAAACCAACUGGUGGAGCAGAUAAUGCCGCUCUGGAUGUGGAUGACUUCCUGCAGGACAAUGAGUGCCUGCCCGCUGAGAAUGUGGCGGUGAUUGAUGAGCUGAUGAGCGAGGAGAAGCUGGAGAACCUGCGUGCCAUGGUCAGUGGAAAUGUACGCAAGAAGCUCUACUUCAAUCCGGCCUACUUCGAGCCUCAUUUACUGGCGGAACCGCCUCAAGCUGCCAUUGAGUUUCUGCAGAAGAUUCGGGAGGUCAUUGCCAUUGCCAAGUACAAGAUGGCCGCCAAGCGUUAUCAACCUUCUCUGAACAUAAUUCCCGAGGAACUGCAGCCGGAGUCCAGUUCGAGUUCACCCACCAUGUUCAACAUUCCGCUGCAGCAGAGCUUGGCUUCCAAGGGAAUGGGUGACAAGAGGAACAGCAUUGAGCAGUGGCUGCAAAGUGUACCCAAUUCGGAGGCUACUCCAGCUCAAAAGACCUUGGAUAGAGCUGGUCAUCCGACUACGAAGAAGGCAUCUGGUUCCCCCAGCAAGGGAUCCCUGAGAAAGGAAAUAACAGCGCCCAAGGAGCGACCACCGCCACCUCCCAUGCAGAAAUCCAAGCCAGAAGAGGGUCCUACCAAGUCCAGCUCACCAGCACUGACUUCUCAAUCCAGUCGCAGUCCCGGAAAGAACAGUCCAGAGCAAAAUGCCAAGUCCAAGACUCCCGUGGGAAGCAGCUACGAGGGAUUCUCCGCCUUCUCCGUGGCGGCCAAUGUCUAUGGAUUUGCGGAGACUGGCGGGGAGAUAUACAACAAUCCCAAGUUCAUGCUGGCCGAUUCACCGGCGGCCUCUCUGCGCAGCUCCUCCAGUCGCUCCAAGUCGCUGAGGAAGCGCAGCGAGGUCCUGGAACAGUUCGCCGCCGCCAACUCCACACCCACCUCGCUCACCUCCUUCGAUCGCCAGCACUACAAUAUGCUGAGGAACAUGAAGCCGGCGGAGGUGAUCUAUGAUUCCCUGAAACGGGAGUACGCUGCGCACAUUCCCACUCCAGAUUACGAUAGCACCAUUGAGAAGCGGAUCAAGGACAUCUACAGCAGCACGCAGAGCAGCAUUCCAUCGGUGCCCACUCCGGAUUACAGUUCCCUGAGUCGCAAGUCUCUCAAGCAGUUCCAACCAGACUCCCCAAUCUACAGAAGGAAAUCCCCGCAGUACUUAAUAGUGGAUUAUGAAACGGAUAGCCUGGAGCGUUUGGAGCCCAGCAAGCGGAAGAGUUCGCACUCCUCCAGCUCUCCUUCCUCGGAUGUGAGCUCCCAGCUGAGUCCCAGCUUGAGUACGGCUCUCCCACUCGAGGAGGAGAUGGAGAUCAGUCAUACAGUGUACGAUCGCCUGGACGGAUUUCGCAAGGAGGGCGAGAUGAAGAAGCGCCUGGCUGCCAAGCACCAGCAUCCGCAUCCUGGCCAGCAGCAGCAGAGGCAGAAGGAGGCGGCGGCACGCAUCAAGUACGACACUCCGUUUCGCGGUAGCAUGACCAUCGAGGUGGAGCACGAACCCCCUUCCGAUUUGGAGCGAACGGAUAGCGAUCAGUUCGAGCCGGACACAUUGGACCGCAAGCCAAAGAAGCAGAGCUUCUGCGACAUCUCCGCCUGGGAUGGCCACAAGCAGAUCGACUCGGACUUCAGCCAGAUUAGCUCCCUGCCCGACUUGAGUCGCCAGUUGAGUCCGGCUCCCAGUCAGGCCAUGAAGCCGAGGACCGCCUCCUUCAUCCUGCGGUCGAGCAACUCGUUUCGCAACUUGAGGGAGAUCUACGAGUCACCUUUGGUUGCCCAGGAGAGCGGCAAGUACGAGAAGAAGGCACCGCCAACCCCCGAGGAAGAGGGUCGGAUUCUCACCUUGGAGGCUAAACACUCCCGUCGCCAGCGCCUGAUGGAGACCUCUCCCACCCACUCGGUGGUGGAUGUGACGAAGGUGAACAAGACCACCAUUACGAUUUCAUCACCGAAGCCUGUGGAUAAGCCACCACCUCCUCGACCGAAGAGCAAUCAGCACUACUGCCCUCCGUUGGUUCAGGGAAAGCGAGCACUGCCUCCGCCUCCCCCAAACUCAUCGGAUAACCCCGGAGGAGCCGAGGAGGAUGCCUACAGCCUGCACAGCGAGAUCACCGAGGUCACCGGGGUCUCGGAGUUCGAGAACUCGUGCAACAACACCAUGUCCAGUGCUAUAUCGGCCACCACGGAGGAGCGGAGCCACUCGAAGGGUGGCAAGACCCAGAAGAUGGGUGCGAAAUCGCAGGAGGAGGACUACGAGAUGUACAACAAGAAGAUCAACAGCCUGCGCAACGACUACAGCCUGACCAAGUAUCUCAAUCGGCGGAAGAGCCAGCGGGAGGAGUCCUCCAAGCCGGGACAGGACACCCCCUCGCCAAAGGACACCGCUCCCGAGCCGGAGUUCAGCAACAAGGCCAUGAAGGAGGUGGAACUCGCCCAGUUCGACGCUCUAUCCAUUAGCUCGCGUUCGAACCGGAGCAGUGGACAUCUUUCCGAGCGAACCAAGGAGAUGUACCGGAAUGCCGGGGUGCCCGUGGGGAUUGCCUACCCUCAACGGGCGGCCAGCAGUUCCGGAAACGCCAGCUCCGGCGGAAACGUACAAACCGUCUACCGCUGCGAGAUCGAGCAGGCCCAACUCACAAAUGGAAUGCAGAUAGCCAUCGGACUGAAGGAUCGCGCCAAAAAGGCCAAGGAUCUGAAGAACGCGUGGCGGAAGUUUGUUACCAUGGCGGCCAACAAGUUCAGUCCCAGCCAGAGUCCUGCUCCAACCUAUGGAAGCAAAACUUCCGCCGGGUUCCUGGAGGAUGACGGCAUCGCCUCCAUCAUCGAGGAUGCCGCUCAGUCCGCCGGAAUGGGACAGCCGGGCAGCCAGACGUACUACGAGCAGCGCUUCGGGCAACUGGACAGCGGCUACAUGAGCACCGAUUCCACGGAGCUGUACAAGCGCAGUGUCUACGAUCGGUACAACUUCAAGAUGCUCUCCGGCCGGGGUCAGAUCAUCCGGGUGGACACCAUCGAGGACAACGAGGACGAGAGCGGACCGAACGACAAUCGGUUCGAAGAUCUCGAGCAUAUGGUUUCUCCGGGUCACAGUCGUCGAUCGCCGGAGAAUAUAGCCGUGGUUGCCGGCGAUCUGAGCGAUGCGGAUUCGGAUAAAACCCUAACCCGAUCGCAUUCGCAGACGAACUCGCAGGAGCGAAAUGUAAGGGGCAGCACCACCACGAUGUCAUCCUACUCCUCGGAUGAAAAUGGACGCGGAAGGAGCACCUGCUGCGGCUCCUCGGAGACGGACGAGGAGACCAAUGCGGAGGACAUGUGGGAGUCCGGGGCGGAGAGCAUCGAAACGCACUCCGUGCUCUACAAGAUGAUUCGGAAGAGCUAGGAUAGGGAUCGUAGGUUAGUAGGUAACUAGUUUCUAGGGACGUGCAAUAAGAGGAAACAGAAGCAGACGAAAGACUUCCACUAUUUUAGGAGUAAGCAACGCAAUAGCAGCAAUCAGUGCAAUAAAUAGGAGAUUCUUGCCAAACCACAAGGUGCAAUUCUUAUAGAUCUAAGCUAGCUGGUAAUAAUUAGUAUUAAAGGAGAGGAAACCCUUGGGAACUGCAUCCAAUACGCAAAGUGCGGGUAUCAACGGAAGAUCAAGAAAAGCGAAGAACCCAGGAAAUCCAAGUGCAAUCAACCAUCAAAUAAAAUCGUUUAGUUUCGUAACGGAUGCGUAUUGUGAUAAAUGUCAGCAGUCUUGGGCCGGAAAUGUGCAAUCUUAGUGUAAGUUAGUCUUAGUCCCAGUGUAAAUGGCUUACAUUUAAGUAUCGUUAAUAAAACUUUGACUUAUGUAGUUUAAA